AUGGACGCUUCCUUCGUGGCGUCUUCUACCGACUUCCCCGCUAUGCGCACAAACACACGGCUAUCCUAUGAUAAAGCUCUGUGUACUGUUAGGUAUGUAGGCGAAGUGCAAGGGACAAAUGGCAGCUGGCUGGGCGUAGAAUGGGAUGAUCCAUCGAGGGGAAAGCAUUCCGGCGAAUAUGGCGGAGUAAAGUAUUUUCAAUGCAAGAGUAAAUCUCCCACUGCAGGCUCAUUUGUACGCCCUGGGAGACUAGUGGACAAACCACGAGGCUUUUUAGAAGCACUUCAUGGGAAGUAUGUUGACCCGAAUGUGGUUGACCCUCCAUCCGGACACGGCGCCUCGAAGGCCAGCGCUGCGGACCAACCAAUUAAAAUAAGCGGAAAAAUUGUUGAAGAAGUCGGAUUCGAAAAGAUUCGAAAGCAGCUUGCCGCACUGCAAGAGCUCAAAAUCGUCAUCUUAGAUGGUAUGCGGAUUCGAGGCGUGCUUGUAGAAGACCAGAGCGACACGUUACGUUCGGAAGAACUGCAAAACAUUAAAGAAACCUGUCCAAAAAUUAUAGAGCUUGACCUCAGCCGUAACCUACUACAAGACUGGAAGGAAGUAGCAGAUAUAUGCGAACAGCUAGACGAAUUGCGAUGCCUGAAGCUGAAUGGAAAUCGUUUUGCCAGCAUCGAUAGCGAGACCUUACUACGAGGUGUAAGCGAAUUAUUUCUUGAAGGAACACUCUUGACGUGGGAUGAGAUAUCUAAGCUUUCGCAUCAGGUUCCUAACCUGAGCAAGUUGUCCCUGUCUUCUAACCAACUGUCAUGUAUUUCUACACCGAUAUCAAACACGAUCACGGAGUUGUCACUGGAGUCGAACGACUUUGACUCCUUACAAAGUCUCUCUCAUCUGGCUUCUCUCCCACACAUGAAUCGCCUUUCUCUCCGUCGAAACAACAUUAACAAAAUUUACGACAACAAAGGUGAUACUCCUAUUCAAUUUUCACCUACACUGACAACUUUGGACAUAUCUUUCAAUCUAAUUGAUUCCUGGUCUUCUAUUGAUAAUCUCCCUCUCCUUUUUCCUGGCUUGUUAAACCUUCGUGUGUCUGAUAACCCUUUAUAUGAACGGCCACCCGCUCCGAAAAAUAUAACAGGCCAAACACAAAGAUCUAUGACGAUUGAUGAAGCGUACAUGCUUACUCUUGCGAGGCUUCCCCAUCUGCAAACAUUAAACUACAGCAAAAUAGCUCCUCAAGAUAGAACUAACGGGGAGCUCUAUUAUCUUUCACUUAUCCGGAAAGAAUUGUCAGCCUUGCCGGCCAGCGAGGAAAAGCAAAUAAUAUUGUCACACCCUCGAUAUAUGAGCCUAUGUGAAGUAUAUGGCACUCCAGAAAUCAUAAGAACCGAGAGUGAUGGCAGCGCUCAUCCUAAUUCCUUGGCUGCCAAACUUGUGACAUUUACUUUUUACAGGAAAGAUCACAGUACAUUUACCCUGGCGGACGAAAACGACAAGAUCCGUUCUAUACAAACGCCAGUAGAGCUGAAAAAAGAGAUACCCAGAACAUUUGACAUAUAUCGCAUCAAGGCAAUCGUCGCCCGCCACUUUUCUCUUCCGCCCCUGGGUUUUCGAUUGAUAUGGGAGACGGAAGAAUGGGAUCCCGUCGAAACCGGAACUGCAGAAGAAGAUGAAUGGGAUAGUAGCGACGAAGGAGACAGCAAAUUUGUCAAAGAAGGCGCGAUUAAACGGUUCGUUCGUCGGGAAGAAGAAUUUGUAGAUUCCAUGAGGGCAGUUGAGCAUUGGUUGAGCCAUGAUACUCGUGAGGUUCAUGUUAGAAUAGAGAUGCGCUAA